AUGCGGCGUUACAUUCGUGCACUGGCCCUGUGCACGGUGUUCGCCGUGUUUUCGGGCUUGUACGUUUACAGUAAACUCUUCUACUCGGACGUUUCGCCCGGACCGAAGAGGGUCUUCGUCCCACCGAGAGUCCCCGGAGCCAGGCGAGGGGCCGCGGACAGAGCCGGGCCCCAAAACACCCACUGGUACAACAGGUACAUCAUGCGUCAGCGCGGUCAGAUGGAGGCUGCUGGUGCCAGCCUUCAGAGCAGACCUGAGCCGCCCAUGCACCUGGCUGUAGUGGCCUGUGGGGAGAGGCUGGAGGAGACUCUCACCAUGAUCAAGUCUGCUGUGCUUUUCAGCAUCAAACGCCUCUACCUGCACAUCUUUGCUGAAGAUCAGCUCCACGCCAGCUUCAUGGAGGCUUUGGAGUCGUGGCCUGAUUUUAUUCGCUCCAGGUUCAACUACACAGUUUACUCCAUCAGCUUCCCCAGUGAGAACGCAGCCGAAUGGAAGAAACUCUUCAAACCGUGCGCUUCUCAGAGGCUCUUCUUACCUCUGAUCUUGAAGGACGUCGACUCGAUCGUGUACGUCGACUCAGACAUCCUCUUCCUGCAGCCAGUAGACCAACUGUGGGGGUUUCUGUCCCAGUUUAAUUCGUCUCAGCUGGCCGCCAUGGCCCCAGAGCACGAGGAGCCUCGCAUUGCCUGGUACAACCGCUUCGCCCGUCACCCCUUCUACGGCAGGACGGGCAUCAACUCAGGGGUCAUGCUCAUGAACAUGACAAGGAUGAGGAGCACAUUCUUUAAAAACGACAUGACAUCAGUGGGGCUGCGUUGGGAAGAGCUGCUGAUGCCUUUACUGCAGAAAUACAAACUAAACAUCACCUGGGGAGACCAGGACCUGCUCAAUAUAAUAUUCCACUACAACCCUGAGUCCUUGCUGGAGUUUCCCUGCCAGUGGAACUAUCGCCCGGAUCAUUGUAUCUAUGGCAGUAACUGUGCCUCGGCGGAGGAGGAUGGCAUCUACAUACUGCAUGGAAACAGAGGGGUUUACCACGACUACAAACAACCUGCUUUCAGGGCUGUUUACGAGGCCAUUAAAAAGUACGCUUUCGGCACAGACCCAACCACUUUUUUGCUGGAUCCUUUAGAGGACGAACUGUUGGGGACCACACACACAUAUUGCGGCAAAUCCCACUCGCUUUUUACCAAGAGACUGACGCGCAGCCUGGCAAACAUCAACAGGAGGACUCCACGCGGGUGAAAGUGAGUGACAGUGAUGAGGUAGAGGCCAGAACGAGAACAGCGCCUUCGUCUUAACUGUUACAACAAGAAAUGGACUGCCUGAUUUUGGAAAACCACCCAAGUGAAGCUUGUCUGUUUUGAACCGAAGGUUUAUUUUGACUGAUACACACAACAGGCAGCAGCUGGAGCCUGAUAAACAAGUGGUUACCUGGCAAACUGACAAAUCUACUGAAGCACACCACUUGGAUGCUGCAGACAACUAAUGAGUGAAGCUUUGAGAUUAUUUUUUUAUUUUAUUUUUUUUUGGAGAGCAGCUGCUUAAAGCUCCAUAAAGGCAGCUGGGAUUGUCUCAGGCGGAGACUAAUAACGGUUCACCUCUUGUAAAUUGCUCUGGAUAAGAGCGUGAUGUAAAUCCACUGAAAUCCACUGUAACACUGGCCAGUUGGUCUCGGAGCACAGCACUGACUUUUACCAGACAUUAAUACGUGCUACAGAUUAAUACAUGAAUUUUUUUCAUUGUUUUUUUUUUGUCCUAACAAGCAUCUAAUCUCUUCCACGUCUCACUUUCUUCCCUCGGUGCUUUUCGCUACUGACUGAAAGUGCAAAAGAUCAAAGUUUGGAAGAGUAGCUCUUGACUUUCCAUAUUGGAGAAUUUUAUUGAACAUCGUGAAACGCUCUUAUUAAAAGAGAUAAAAAAAACUGUGUUUGAAUUGUACGAGACGUUCUGCAGGGCCCAGUUUUGAUAGGUGACUGCACUGGACCACUUUCUCAGCUUUAGGAGACCACUCAACAACUUAAAAAAAAAAACGAUUCGUGAAUUUUUAGACGAAGUUCAGGCAAAGUGAAUAUGUAAAUGAUUCCUGGGAUUGCUUGUUAUUUCCACAAGUAUUUGAAAACUCCACCAGAGUGCAGUUUUUCUACAUUAGCAUUUAUUAGGGCUGCAACCAUUUCUUCUGGUGUUGAUUUGUUUGGUCGAUGAAAUGAAAAUAAAAACGGUGAAAAGUGUUUCCCGAAGCUCAAGAUCUCCUCCUCAAAAGUCUUGUUUUGUCCAGAGGUGUUCAGGUUACUGUCACGGAGGAGGAAAGAAACCAGAGAAGAUUCUCAUUUUCAGAGCUAAAAUCUGAAAAUGUGGAUUUUGUUUCUGUGGAAAUUACUUCAACACAUCUAUUGAUUAUAGUUGUCAGCUAAUCGAUCAAUGGUUGCAGCUCUAAUAUUAAUGCACACUGUAUAGUUUACAUGCACCUCCAUUAAGAAAAGGUACAUUUUAUGUCAUAAUAUUUUGCAAUCUAUAUUUUAUGUGCAUGUAAGUCUACACAAAUUUUCAGAGUUAACCAUCAUAUGCUGCAAUAUGUUUCUCAAACUGUUUUGUUUCAUGGACAUUUAGAGGAAACGGUGAUACUGUUUUUUUUUUUUUUAAAGGAUGUAAAUGUGUGAUAAAGGUGUGCUGAAAAAUUGAAUAUGUGAAUAAGCUACAACUUCCUUCCUGAUGCCAAAGUUUUUUUUGUUAAAUUCCUGUUAUUAUCUUAUUUUUUUUUGCACCGCUGAAUGUAUUUUGUACACUAAGGGUUGAAAUCUAAACUGUGACUGCUCGUGUGGGUGUGGCUGCAAUGUGACGUUACCAUGUUUAGUUGUUUAUGUGUUUAUCCAUUAAAGAUCAUUUCAGUUUUGUAG